AUGAUAGAGCUGACUGGACUGCAUGUGGAAGCCGAUUCGCCGGCUCUUCCUAAGGACAUACGAGAUUGGCUGGACGGUGCCGAAUAUGGCGCCGUGUAUUUCAGUCUGGGAUCCACUCUGCAGGCGAGUACGAUGCCAGAAAAUAAAAGGCUGGCGUUCCUCGACGCUUUCAAGAAAAUCCCACAGAGGGUGCUGUGGAAGUGGGAGGAAGACAUGGACGACCUGCCGCCCAACGUCAAAGUCUCAAAGUGGCUGCCGCAGCAGUCUGUACUAGCACAUCCCAAUGUGCGCGUGUUCAUCACUCAGGGCGGUCUGCAGAGCUUUAAUGAGGCCGCCUAUUACGGAGUCCCUCUACUGGGGAUUCCUUUCUUCGGUGACCAGCACCACAACGUGGCGAAAAUGGUCGACGCCGGCAUCGGCAUUGAGCUCAAAUUCUGGGACGUCGCGAGAGACUCGAUUUCGGACGCCAUUCGAAGGCUUACUGAGGAUAAAAGGUUCAGCGAAAACAUGAAGCAGUUCUCAGCCGUCUACCGUGAGCAUAAGGAAGAGAGCCUUCCUAAAGCCAUGUGGUGGAUCGAGUAUGUACUUCGACAUAACGGGGCUCCCCAUCUGCGCAGUGCCGCAAGAGACCUGACUUGGUACCAGCACCUGCUUCUAGAUGUCAUUGCCUCUGCGCUGGCUGUUGUAGUCUGCUUUUGUAUAUCUUUCUAUUGUACAGUUAGGUUUCUGACCUCCAAACUACUUCAAUUUAAGAAACUGAAAACCAGCUGA